GGGCGCGGGCGGGCGCGGCGCGCGCGGCGGCAGCAUGGUGGAGAAGCGCUGCCCGCUGCAGAGGGACGGCGUGUACCGCUGGUUCGCCGGGCUGCCGUCGCCGCAGCGCGUGGAGUUCCUGUGCGGGCUGCUGGACCUGUGCAUCCCGCUCGAGCUGCGCUUCCUCGGCUCGUGCCUCGAGGACCUGGCGCGCAAGGACUACCACUCGCUGCGCGACUCGGAGAUCAAGGCCAACAACCCCGCCGACCUGGGCAGCCUCACCAACCUCACGGACGAGGUGGUGCGCAGCAAGCUGCUGGUCUCGCUGGCGCUGCUGGGCUCGGAGCAGCGCGAGGCGGCGGGCGUGCUCUACCGCACGCUCACGCACAUCGACUCCAUCAUCCACAACUACGGGCUGCAGCUCAACGAGGGCCGCACGGGCGAUGAGUUCCUGCUGCUCUUCACCAUGGCCUCCAACCACCCGGCCUUCAGCUUCCACCAGAAGCAGGUGCUGCGCCAGGAGCUCACGCAGAUCCAGAGCAGCCUGAGCGGCGGCGGCGGCGGCCCCGGCCCCCCGGCCAAGGGCCCCGCGCUGCCCACCUGCCCGGCCUGCCACAAGGUCGCCCCGAGAAGUGAGGCCCCCAGCAGCAGCGGGAGCAGCAGCUUGGAGAAGGCGCUGCCCACGUCGGCACAUUCCACGGAGGAGGCCCUGCCCAAGAGGCCAGGCGGCAAGCACAGCAAAGUGAGUGUUGAAAAGAUAGACCUGAAGGGACUAUCCCACACAAAAAAUGAAAGGAAUGUUGAAUGUUCCUUCGAGGUCCUGUGGUCUGAUUCUUCAGUAACGUCAGUAACCAAAUCUUCUUCGGAAGUGACUGAAUUUGUCUCAAAGCUCUCGCAGCUCCAUCCUGAGGACAGCCUGGAGAAGUUCCCGCCCUGUGUGGCCGGCGCGGACUCCUUCUACGGAGAGCGGAACCACAUGGACCUGGAGGCGGACCUGAGGUGUCUGACCUCACUCCCAGCCCAUGUCCUGCGGAACGAGCACGCCAGGGGCUUCUUCAGCACCUCGUCUCCCGCCCAACAGCUUCAAAGUCCAAGCCCCAGCACCCCGGCCCUCGCGAAAGUCGGCACCACCGUGGGCGCGUCUGGGAGGCCCGUGUGUGGCGUGGCCGGGAUCCCGUCGGCCCCGAGCAGCACCCAGCACCACCUGCAGCACACGGCCAGUGCGGCGGCCGUGCCGCACUGCUCGCACGCGGGGCCUCCUGGCGCGACGCUGGCCUACCGAGCGCAGAUGGACGCCUCGCCCGCCCUCCUCAUGCCUUCCGGCCUGCAGCCCGCCCCAGCCCAGGAGCAGAACGGGAUCUUAGAUUGGCUGCGGAAGCUGCGUCUACACAAGUACUACCCGGUCUUCAAGCAGCUCACGAUGGAGAAGUUUCUGAGCCUCACUGAGGAAGAUCUGAACAAAUUUGAAUCCCUCACCAUGGGGGCGAAGAAAAAGCUCAAGACUCAGCUGGAGCUGGAGAAGGAGAAGUCGGAGAAGCGCUGCCUGAACCCCUCGACCGCGCCCCCAGCCAGCAGCGGCGUGGCCCGUGUGCCCCCCACCAGCCACGUGGGCCCCGUGCAGGCUGUGCGGGGGGGCAGCCCCGCGGCCGCGCUGCGGGUGGAGGUGGAGCCGCCCCCCCACCAGGCCGCGCGGGAAGGCAGCUCGUCCGAGUGCUCCAGCUCCUCCCCGAGCCCCAUGGGGGUGCAGGCCCGGGAGGAGAGCUCGGACAGCGCCGAGGAGAACGAAAGACGUGUGGAGCUUCCCCUGGAGGGCGCCUGCGACAAGGAGAAGCCCGUGACGCUGCUCGGCCACUUCGCUGCCCCCUCCACCAGGCCCACGGCCCAGGUCCUCCCCGUGCAGAACGAGGCGAGCUCCAACCCGCCGGCCCACCAGCCCCUGGCGCCGCCGCUGCUGCCCGCGGCCUCCCACCUGGCGCCCCUGCGCAUGCUGAGCUCCGUGCACAAGGCCGAGCGGGGCAGCGCCGACACGCAACUCCUCCCGGCCUCGGUGCACUCACUGCUGGCCCUCGAGGACCGGGGCAAGGUCUCGGGACCGAGGAGCGGCCUGAAAGUGGACAAGGGCUUCGGCAGUGCCGUGCUGGAUGUGCUGCCCACGGCCGCCUCCCACCAGCCCGUGCAGGUCCUCUCCGGACUCGCCGAGGGCAGCUCUGUGCCCGCCACCGUCUCCUUUGGGCCCCGGGCCAAGGUCCUGCCCGCCACGGCCCUGGACAGAGUGCUGAAGCCCGCGGCCCCGCCUGUCCUGGGCACGGAGAGCAGCAGUGCGGCCUCGGGGACAGCCAGCGCCGUCUUCCACGUGGCCCGGCCGCCCGUCAAGCUGCUGGUGUCGGCGUCUGUGCCCGCCGAGUCGGCCGCCUCGAACAGUGUGCAGAUAAGCGUGCCCCCGGCCAUUGUGCCCCCACGGACGGCUCUGUACACGGCCGGCACCAAAGCCGCCUUCCCUGCCAUGGGCGCCCUGCAGGGCAGCUUCUGCACGGGCAGCGGCUCGGCCGCCCCCAGCAGCCACGCCCCGGCCUCCUUCUCCAGCAUGGCCUCGGCGCCCAGCGGCCCGGCGCCCAGCUCCAGCCCCGCGCUCUCCUCUGCCCCCGACAGCAGCUUCUACAGCGGCGGCAGCGGCUCCCCCGGGAACCUGGCCGCGUCCAGCCAGGGCCACCACCACCACCACGCGCCCGCCCCGCCGCAGCCCGCGCCCGCUCCGCCGCCCGGCUGCGUGGUCUGUACCUCCUGCGGCUGCAGCGGCAGCUGCGGCUCCAGCGGCCUGACCGUCAGCUACGCCAACUACUUCCAGCACCCCUUCUCCGGGCCCUCGGUCUUCCCCUUCCCCUUCCUGCCCUUCAGCCCUGUGUGCGGUGGCGGCUAUGUGGGUGCGCAGCAGUACGGCAGCGGCGCCUUCCCCGCCGUGCACUCGCCCUACGGGGGCGGCGUGGCGCCGGAGCCGGUGCUGGGGGGCCAGUCGUCCUUCGCGGUGCCGCCCAUGCGCAGCUUCCUGGUGGGGGCGGGCAUGUACCAGGCCCAGGGACUGGUGGGCACCAGCAACGGCUCUGGCCACAAAAAGAGCGGCAACCUGUCGUGUUACAACUGUGGCGCCACAGGCCACCGCGCGCAGGACUGCAAGCAGCCGUCCAUGGACUUCAACCGGCAAGGUACUUUCAGGUUGAAAUACGCGCCUCCAGCCGAGAGUCUGGACUCCACAGACUGACGCUUCCUCCUCGCCAUGGGGACUCGAGGAAGGUUGAACACAGACUGAGGAGCGCUGCCUCUCGCUCCC